AAUGUUGUAAAGGUCAAUGCAGGGUCAAUGUUAACAGUUAUGCUGACAUAGCUGUUUUCAGUUUGCAUUUUCAGCAGUCAUUUAAAAUGAAGUUCUUUAUUGUUCUUGCUUGUCUUUUUGCUUAUGCAAAUGCUCAUGCAUGCAUGUUGUUUCCUGAGCAACGUGGCCCAAUUCCAGAUGACAUUUUGACUAAGUCAGGCGUUGAUGCUUGUCUGGUAAUCAAGGACCCUCCUUGUGGUGAUGCUAAAGCUGAAGAUCCAAAAGUUUCUUUUACUCCAGGGAAUGCUACAGUUGUUGUAAUUAAAAAUCUUGACCACUUCUACUCUCAGAAUCCAGGAAGCUGGGAGCUAUUCCUGUGGGCUGGUGGCUCUAGUGGUAAAUCUGUUGGUAGGUUUGCUGAUUCCAGUGAUUUCAAGACACUUGAUUUCAAAGCUGUUACUAUCAUGAUCCCUUCUGAUGCUGCCAAGGGAAAAGCUAUCCUUCAGCUUAUAUACACUACAAACAACCCAAAUGCUCCUGCUAUGUUUUACCAGUGUGCUGACAUUUUGAUCACAGACACAGAAAACUGAUGCUGAAGAAAAUAACUAACAAUAAUGCUAUAGCUAUUAAACUGCUCUGUACUUUUUACAUAAAAUUUUUGUGAUAUCUCUCGA